UCACAAUAAUGACAUGGCUGACCAGUUCAAGCCAGUUGUUCCUUGGCCCCACGUCGAAGGAGUUGAGGUCGAUCUGGAGUCUAUCCGCCAGAAAAAUGGUGACAAGCCAAACCCUGCAUUCAAAGCCCAGAACCAGCAGAAUGUCAUCCAGAAGCAAUAUAUCACCUUCAAGCCUCACACCAAUAUGUUUAGUGAACCUGUGUUGAAGAAAGGAGUUCUGGGCAACUUUGAGCCUAAGGAACCUGAGCCUCAGGGGGUCCAGGGUGGACCGGGAGAAGGCAGCAAAGCAUUCGUACUGGGACCGGAGUACAAAGAUUCUGUUCAGGCUAGCAUCAAGGAAUUCGGCUUUAAUAUGGUAGCCAGCGACAUGAUCUCUCUGGAUCGAACCAUCGGCGACUUACGGCAUGAAGAGUGAGUAUGAGGACGCUGGCCAU